GCCUUAUUCAUUUGUCCACAAUGGAGGAUACCACGUUCAUCAUACUCAUCGUUUCCCUCUUCACAGCCGCCUUUAUCAUACACAAACUGUUUCGCCGGAGCAAUGGCAAGAGGCUACCACCAGGACCAUCGUUCAUCACCUCCAACUACCUACUAUUUACAAACCCUCUCUUACAGUUCGAACCCGUUCUCAAAAACCUCAAGGCCCAAUAUGGUCCAUUCUUCACUCUUUCCACAUGUUUCGGACCAGCCAUUUUCAUCUCCGACCAUUCUCUAGCCCACCAAGUCCUCAUCCAAAACGGCGCCGUCUUCUCUGACCGCCCUAGAUCGUUCCCAAUGCGCAACAUUUCGGGUUCUUCGUAUGGUCCUACGUGGCGACUCUUUCGUAGAAAUCUUGCUUCUGAGUUCAUGCACCGGUCUCGGAUCAAGUCAUACUCAUGGGCUCGCAAGUGGGUGCUUCAAGUUUUCUUUGGUCGUCUUCUGGAUCAUAAGAAUGAGGCUACUGGAAUGAUCAAGGUGGUUGAUCAUAUUCGGUACGCAAUGUUUUGUCUGUUGGUGUUGAUGUGUUUUGGAGAGAAGUUUGAGGAGAGUAGAAUUAAUGAGAUUGCUAAGGUGCAGCGGGAUAUGUUGUUGAAAGUUAGUUCGGGGCGGUUUGGAGUGUUUAAUGUGUUCCCGAGGUUGGGGAAGAUGUUGUUUAGAAAUAGAUGGAAGGAGUUUGUGAAACUUUGUAGUGAUAAAGAAGAUGUGUUGAUUCCAAUCAUCAAGAGUCGAAUCGAAUCCAAUGGUUAUGAGGUUCGAAAUUUGGCUUAUGUUGAUACUUUGGUGAAUCUACGGCUUCCUGAAGAGGAAGGUGAUGAUAGAAAUGGUGGGAAGUUGAGUUAUAAAGAGAUGGUGAGUAUGUGUAGUGAGUUUUUUAAUAGUGGGACAGAUACCACCUCCACUGCUUUGCAAUGGAUCAUGGCUAAUCUAGUGAAGUAUCCUCAUAUUCAAAGAAAACUCUAUGAUGAAAUAGUUGGAGUUGUAGGUGCACCACCUCCACCGCCAGCGUCUGGGGUGGAGCCUGAAUCGGUUAUAAACGAAGAGGAUAUAGAGAAGAUGGUGUACCUGAAAGCGGUGGUUUUGGAAGGAUUAAGGAGACACCCACCGGUUCAUUUUGUGCUACCUCAUAGGGUCAUGAAGGAGGUAGAGGUGCAAGGUUACAGGAUUCCACAGGGUGCCAGCAUUAAUUUCAUGGUGGGUGAGAUGGGUUUGGACACAAAGGUUUGGGAGGAUCCCAUGGAGUUUAAGCCAGAGAGAUUCUUGGUGAAUGAUGGUGUGUUUGAUGUAAGUGGAAGCAAAGGGGUAAAGAUGAUGCCUUUUGGUGUUGGAAGAAGGAUGUGUCCUGGUUAUGAUUUGGCUUUGUUUCACUUGCAAUAUUUUGUUGCUAAUUCGAUUUGGUAUUUCGGUUGGAUUGUUCCUGAUGGUUAUGAUGUGGAUUUAUCCGAGGAGGUCGAGCUCACGGUGGUCAUGAAGAAUCCUUUGAGAACACAAAUCUCUUCUAGGGCUGAAAAACAAACAACUUGAAUUGAUGCACACUUGAAUCUAUCGAAUGUUUAUAUGAAUAAAUUUAUAAAGUACGACUAUACUUCUUUUUUUAA